GUGGAGGCUAUGUCACUCGUCGAAAUAUUCCCGGAAUGCGAGGCUUACCAUUGCUUUGUGGUAGUUGUUGGGUACCAUCACAUCCAAGUUCCCGAGCAUGGCUAUCGAGUCACCAAAGCUCACAAGCAGCUCCUUCGGGAAACUCAAGACCUCGAGCAGUCGCCUAAACCAACUUCGCGCCGAAUAUCUUCAGUCACCAUUUAUGCCAGAAGGACAUCGAGCAUACCGUCACAGUUGUGGAAGAAGUCAUCCAUUACCAGUCUUCGGAGAGGAAGCAACGGUAGUGGCCAUAGCAGCGAGAUGGCCAAUCUUCAGAGUCAAUUAAUGUCGGCGCAGCUUCCUGCAGGAACAUGCGGGGGUAGUAAAUUUCUCCCAUGCUCCGUCCUGGAAGAGAGGGUAACUACGCAGUUGGUCACAAAGACCCUCUCGUCCAUAUAUAAAACGACCAAGUCUCCAGAGACUAUAUCAAACAUCGCCUCCUUCGUCUGUGGAAAGCCUGGGGCAAGGAGAGUUUUUGCAAUCCUUGCCUGCGUUAGCCACCUGGAACGGAUUGACCUGUUUUACGAAAAUAACUUUGUCGACUCCAUUCUACCUCUCUUUAUCGACAAAAACACCAGCCAAGUGAGAACUCGCUCCACUGAACCCCGCCACUCUGAGAUCACCAGAAAAGUUUUUGCCAACGACUUUUGGGAACAUGUUACUUCAGCGUGGAUCUUCUGUGACACCCAGUGGCAAUUUCUUGGGCCGGUCUUCAACGAACAUCAAUUCAGAUACUCCUUUCGCGAGGAUCAUCGAAUGCCGUUCUUAGAGCAACCUGAUGGACACAGAGAAAGUCAUUUCAGCACGGUGGGAAAGUGGUCUAUCCAUCAAUCUCAUUUUGAGAAGAGCUCAAGACUUCGCCUAUCGGUUGACACAAACGGACAUCCGAUCGUAGCAGUAAAAGAGCUGAAAAAUGUCAACAUGAAAGCCAAUGAGUACGAGCGCGUAGCGGAGGCUGAGGCAGAAGUUUUGGAAAUGAUCCGUGAAAUGAAGCAUCCGCACCUCAUCAAAGCGAUCGCUUAUUACAAAAGGGGCGAUCGAUACUAUAUCAUUUUCCCGUGGGCUGGAGGUGGCAACCUCCGAGACUAUUGGGGAAGGGAGCCUCCUCGUAAGCUUGAUGGGGGUUUUGUUAGCUGGGCUCUCGGCCAGCUCUGUGGUCUGGCUGGUGCAAUGCAGAAGCUUCAUUCAGCACAGGACUCCGCAUGUCGACACGGAGAUCUCAAGCCAGAGAAUAUUCUCUGCUUUGAAGAUACCAGAAGCUCUGAUCCAAGUUCUCAGCCAUUCCUCGUCAUUGCGGAUGUUGGUCUAGCUAAAGUUCACACCUUGGCGACAGAAAUGCGGAACGAGGCUACACGCACGAUGAACGGAACAGUGAUGUACGAGCCACCUGAAGCUGUAUUGCUACUAACUAAGAAACAACCACGAUCGCGACGGUACGACGUCUGGUCCAUCGGAUGUAUUUAUUUUGAGUUUCUGAUUUGGCUUCUAUACGGAAAGGCCGAACUGGUUCGCUUUGGUGAUGACAUAGCUCAUCCUGUGAACAGAACACGGCAAUUCUUCGAUGUAUCUGGAGCUGGAGUGACUGGGGCGGCCAGGGUUAAACCCAACGUCCAGAAGUGGAUGGAAUGGAUCAGAAGGGACCCAAGAUGUCCACCAAAUACUGCCAUUCGAAAGGUUUUGGAGCUCGUAUGCACACGACUCCUAGUCAUAGCGGUAAGUAAGCCGAGGACAGAGUCAUCUGGAAGCGCCAGUGCUCAAGGCAGCACUACCCUACAUGCGACCGAUGGCCCAGAUAACCCGAGCAUCAUUCGAUCGGACACCAACAGCAGCUUCAAUGGGAUCCUCGUUGACGGCCUUCGUUAUCGAGCGACAUCUACUGAAAUGCAUGAAACGCUGGCUGGCAUCAUAGCGGAAGCUUCGGGCCCAAAGCCAAAAAUUGCGUGGAUGAAUUGGCAGGCUGCGUCUCCAAGAGGGCCGGGACAAUACGGAGACACUUUGAGUGUUUCUCAAUUAGGUACAAGGGGGUCGCCGCGGCCUUAGUGGAUGGGGUGAAGGGUAACUUUCCUAGGAUCUCGUUCCCCUCCAAUAACCAAUUCGCUGGUAGACAACGACGCCGACUUGGCGGGUGCAAAUGACAGUGGCCAUUCUAUUGAUUACGUACGUCUGCCCAUAGUGG